AUGACGACGGAUGUUAUUGGAUACGUUACUGAUGUCCUUCAAAAUCUUCAUGAUGGAAAUACAGAGUAUUGCUUGAAUUUACAAUAUCAAGGCCAACAAAAUGAAAAUACAAUAAAGUUGGACUGUGUAUUAAGAAAACUAUUAGAGCGUCACCUACAACUUGAAAAACAAGUCGCUCAAUAUCAAGCAUUUCUCAGCGAGUCUGAUUCAAUUGUAAUCAUAAACGGUGGAAAUCCCUCUUUACCUAUCACUCCAAAUGAAUGUUUAGAAGUGCAAAAUCUUAUUAAUGGCGACAAUUAUCCCAACACUGUUCAGUUGGUCGCUCCUUCAGAUGAUUUCAACAAACCUUCUUCUAUACAUGCUUAUGUCAAUGAUUCUACAAAUCAACCUACCAGCGAUUAUAUAAGUCAGGAAAGCCCUCCUUCAACACCACCUGCUUUGGUUCACGAUGACCGUGUUUGUUUAGAAUGUCUUAACCAAUGUACCACUGUUGCCACAGCCGUCACUUCUGGAGAUUUCAAAAAAAGAGUUACUUGUCCUUAUUCAUCAGGUCCAAUGCUUACUUUAAAAAAUGCAAUCAACACCAUGGUUGAAAAACUUGACAACGUGGCUUUUGAGUUGAUUCGAGUUGCUCGUGAAGUUGGUGAAGAAGGAAAAUUAGGAAUUCAAGCUAAAAAUCAAUAUUUAGAUGGUGACUGGAAAGAAAUGAUGAUACAUCUAAAUAUGAUGGCUAGUAAUCAUUCUGAACAAGUAAGAGAUAUUGCUGAAGUAUGUACGGCUGUAGCACAUGGUGAUUUAAGCAAAAAAAUUACCGUUGAAGUUAAAGGUGAAACCCUUGUACUAAAAAAUACUAUAAAUACUAUGGAAGUUACCCGUGUUGCUCAUGAAGUAGGUACAGAAGGGAAACUAGGGGUAAGGGCUCAGGUACAAGGUGUUGGUGGGACUUGGAAAUUGCUUACUGAUAAUGUAAAUACAAUGGCUGCAAAUUUAACAGCUCAAGUUCGUGAUAUUGCUGAUGUGUCGAAAGCUGUUGCUAGAGGAGAUCUUAGUAAAAAAGUAACUGUUAAUGUAAGAGGUGAAAUUUUGGAUUUAAAAAAUACCAUAAAUACUAUGGUUGAUCAGUUACAAACAUUCGCAACUGAAGUAACAAGGGUAUCACUUGAAGUAGGGACUGAAGGGAAAUUGGGUGGCCAAGCAAACAUUAAAAAUGUUGGUGGAAUAUGGAAAGAUCUUACCGACAAUGUGAAUCUAAUGGCGGCGAAUCUCACAACUCAAGUACGUUCUAUUGCUGAAGUUACGACUGCUGUAGCUCGUGGUGAUUUGUCUAGGAAAGUAAAAGUUCCUGUGCAAGGUGAAAUACUAGAACUCAAAAAUACUAUAAAUUCUAUGGUUGAUCAACUUCGUAUGUUUGCUGCUGAAGUAACUAGAGUAGCUAGAGAAGUAGGUACUGAAGGUAUUCUGGGUGGUCAAGCUGUAGUUAAAGACGUUGGUGGUACAUGGAAAGAGUUAACAGACAAUGUUAACACCAUGGCCGAAAAUCUCACUUCUCAAGUGCGUGACAUUGCUAACGUUUCAAAAGCCGUUGCUCGUGGUGAUCUUAGUAAAAAAAUUACUGUUGAUGUCAGGGGUGAAGUCCUUGAUUUAAAGAAAACAAUAAACACUAUGGUUGAUCAAUUGCAAAUAUUUGCCACCGAAGUAACAAGAGUCUCUUUGGAAGUGGGAACAGAGGGUAAAUUAGGUGGUCAAGCUGUUGUUAAAGACGUUGAUGGUACUUGGAAAGAAUUGACCGAUAAUGUAAACAUAAUGGCAGCAAAUCUUACAACUCAAGUACGUUCUAUUGCUGAAGUUACGACUGCUGUAGCUCGUGGUGAUCUGAGCAAGAAAAUUAUCGUUGAUGUCAAAGGUGAAAUACUAGAACUCAAAAACACUGUAAAUUCUAUGGUCGAUCAACUUCGUAUGUUUGCUGCUGAAGUAACUAGAGUAGCCAGAGAAGUAGGUACUGAAGGUAUUCUGGGUGGUCAAGCCGAUGUUAAAGAUGUUGGAGGUACUUGGAAAGAAUUAACAAACAAUGUUAACACCAUGGCCGAAAAUCUCACUUCUCAAGUGCGUGACAUUGCUAAUGUUUCAAAAGCCGUUGCUCGUGGUGAUUUAAGCAAAAAAAUUACUGUUGAUGUUAGGGGUGAAGUCCUUGAUUUAAAGAAAACAAUAAACACUAUGGUUGAUCAAUUGCAAAUAUUUGCCACCGAAGUAACAAGAGUCUCUUUGGAAGUGGGAACAGAGGGUAAAUUAGGUGGUCAAGCUGUUGUUAAAGACGUUGAUGGUACUUGGAAAGAAUUGACCGAUAAUGUAAACAUAAUGGCAGCAAAUCUUACAACUCAAGUACGUUCUAUUGCUGAAGUUACAACUGCUGUAGCCCGCGGUGAUCUGAGCAAGAAAAUUACCGUUGAUGUCAAAGGUGAAAUACUAGAUCUUAAAAACACUGUAAAUUCUAUGGUUAAUCAACUUAAUACAUUUGCUGCUGAAGUAUCCAGAGUAGCUAGAGAAGUGGGCACUGAAGGAAGACUUGGUGGUCAAGCUGUAGUUAAAGAUGUGGGUGGUACUUGGAAAGAAUUAACAGACAAUGUCAAUACAAUGGCAGAAAAUCUCACUUCUCAAGUGCGUGAUAUUGCAAAUGUUUCAAAAGCUGUUGCUCGUGGUGAUUUAAGUAAAAAAAUUACUGUUGAUGUUAGGGGUGAAGUCCUUGAAUUAAAGAAUACAAUUAAUACUAUGGUUGAUCAAUUAUCUACAUUUGCUGCUGAAGUAACAAGAGUAGCUAGAGAAGUGGGAACUGAAGGAAAAUUAGGUGUUCAAGCCCAAGUUAAGGAUGUAAGGGGAACUUGGAAAGAAAUCACAUCUAAUGUCAAUACCAUGGCAGCAAAUUUAACUUCUCAAGUACGUGCAUUUGCACAAAUUUCUGCUGCUGCAACUGACGGAGAUUUUACUCAAUUUAUUACUGUUGAUGCAUCUGGUGAAAUGGAUUCUCUUAAAACUAAAAUAAAUCAAAUGGUGUAUAAUUUAAGAGAAAGUAUUCAAAAAAAUACUGCUGCAAGAGAAGCAGCUGAAUUAGCUAAUAGAA